CACCAAAAUAUGUAGGCAUGGUCGUUUCACUUGGCACACCGAGAAGCCACUUAAACAAAGACAUGGGCAACACUCAGGUUCAGCCUACUGAGGAAGCCUUCUGCGACCUGGACACACAUCGGGGUUUACCGGUGGUCCUGCUCUACGUGAUGCCGUCCUUCUUCCUGACGGUGCUGAUCCUCGGGCUUCCCCUCAACCUGCUCUCCCUCUGGGUUUUCCUCCACCGCCUGCGGCGCUGGACCCGCAGCACGGUGUUCGUCUUCAACCUGACCCUGGCUGACACCUCGUGGCUGCUGGCCUUGCCUUACCUCAUCUACUACCACCUGGACCAGCUGUACUGGAAGCUGGGGCUGCCACUCUGCAUGGGUGUGAGGAUGUUCUACCACAACUACUUCUACCUCAGCAUCUUCUUCGUCACCUGCAUCAGUGUGGACCGAUACCUGGCCAUUGUGCACCCGCUGCGCUCACUGGUGCUGCUGGGCCGGAGGCAGACCGGCCUGCUGUGUGUGGCGGUAUGGGUGGCCACUCUGAUGCUCAGCAUACCUGUUGCCAAUAUGACUCUGAUCCAGACUUGCCCUGGGAGCAACCGCACCGUCUGUACCCUGUACAUACUGCUGAGUGAGACCGGGGAGAGCCUACCCUUUUCCAUUUGUUGUUCCAUCAUCGGAUUCCUUUUCCCCCUGCUCUCCGUCUGCUACUGCGGCCUGCACAGCGUCAGAGAGCUGCGCCACCGGCCCUGCCGCCCCGACCCGCACAACAAGCAACGGCGGCUCCGGCGGGCGCUGAGCGCAGCGCUGGUUUUCUUUGCUUUGUUCUACCUGCCCUACCACCUGAGCCGCAACGCGGCCAUCGUGAUGCGGGCAGUCUACCCUGACAGCCCCGCCUCCUGGCAGCAUGCAGACCUGGCCUUCGCCUUGGAGAUGUGCUUCUGUAGCCUCUUCACCUGCGUGAACCCUCUGUUCAGCUGCUUCAUGGGCCGCCAGUUCAGAAAGGAGUUUUACGGCAUUUUUGCUGUCAUGUUUUCCCAGUGUCCAGGCAUGCAGGUGGCGUCAAUGAUAUCUAAGCGGACCAGGAUGACGGUGAGGAAAAGGCAGGGGAUGUCUACUGUCACACCUGUGUGCGCACUGCCUGCACCUGGAUCUUAA